UCCGUUACUUUCCGGAGUUUGUUGUUGACUGUUUGGAUCACAGAACUGGUCUGAAUGCGAGUUAGCUAAGUAGGGAUGAUCCAAGCAGUUCAUCCUUGAAUUAAGGACUGUCAGUUCGUCUGAAAGGAAACGUGGACGGUUAUGUGAUCUUGACAAUAUAUUACGAGAUUGGCCUGUGGGAAAUUAGUAACGUUAACGUUACAGCGAUGAACCUCGGCGACAAAGGCUAGGCUAACAAGCUACGUCUGGUAACUUACCGGUGUGUCUGAGUAACUUCUAGCGCAACCAGGUUCCACGUCCUCUUGACUUUAUACAGGAUGUUUAGGUGCUUGGCUAUGCGUCAAUGCCGUACCGCGUGCAGGCAAAAUAUGCAGGCGAGUAGCUUCUGGUGAUUACCUGGAGUACCUGGCUACUUGUGUGCAACUUUAGUUUUCACUAGUGGUUAGUUAGCUUAGUUGCCUGCGUAUCGGUUAUAUUGGCUAACUUACUGCUGACAACGGUUAGGCUCAGUUGCUUGCAAGUUAACGUUGGUGAACUGGGAUUUAGUUACCUUGCGAUGUCGUUUGCAACUUUUUGUUAGUGGCUUAGUUGCUAAUUAGCUAACUAUGUCUUUUGAGUUUGACAUAUUUCCAAACCUAAAGUUUCUCAAAAUAAACGUUAAGUAAGUUAGCUCACUAAUUAUUCAACUAUGUUACUGUUAUCCAGGUAACGUACAUAUACAUAUUAGCAUAGAAAAUGGCAAACGAGCUAGCCUGUCUUGGAAGCGUAGCUAACAUUGGCAACAGUUAGCAUAUUGGUUAUUGUUGUCAAGUUAGUUUGCUUUUUUUUACAGGCCAACAUUAUCUGACUUUGUCAUGGGCGUUUAAAUGGUGAUUAAAGCGUUGGCUAGCAAGUUCAGUUUGGUGACUUUUCACCAACUAACCUUACACAGUUGGGGGAACAGCUCGCAAGCAUAAGAGGCGAGGGCAUUUGGUUUGUUGAGAUGGAUCAGCUCCAAGUCAAAGACCGAAUUCUGGAAAAUCUUUCGUUAUCGGUCAAGAAGUUGCAGAGUUACUUUGCUGCGUGUGAAGAUGAGACCCCAGCAAUCAGGAACCAUGACCGGGUCUUGCAGCGGCUGUGUGAGCACUUGGACCACGCCCUCCUUUAUGGACUGCAGAACAUCUCCACGAGCUACUGGGUCCUGGUUGUGCAUUUCACACGCAGAGAAGCUAUUCGGCAGAUAGAGGGGCUCCAGCACAUCGCCACCAACCUCGGACGCGGCCGGGCAUGGCUCUACUUGGCACUGACUGAGAGUUCGCUCGAGAGCUACCUCCGUCUCUUUCAGGAGAACCAGGGACUGCUGCACAAGUACUAUUAUGAAAACGCCUUGGUCCGCAGCCAUGAUCAUCUCACACUUUUCCUCACGCUGGUGUCAGGAUUGGAGUUUAUCCGUUUUGACUUGGAAUUGCAGGAUGCCCCCUACUUGGACGUGACGCCCUACAUGCCGGAGUACUACAAGCCUCAGAACUUGCUGGACUUUGACGAGCGGCUGCCUAGUGCGGACAGUCUGUCCCUGCACUCUUUCACCUCCACCAACCUGGAGUGGGAUGACAGUGCCAUCGCCCCCUCCAGUGAGGAUUAUGAUUUUGGUGACCUUUUCCCUGUUUUGCAGUCACUACCCAGUGCAGACUGGGAAGAGGGCGACCUGACUGACCCGGUCCCCUGCCCCUGCUCCAUCGCCCCAGAAUCCCCAGCGGUCAUCGCCGUGGUUACGGAGACGAGGGCAGCGGGGUGUCACAACCCCUUCACAAAAGACUUGGACGCGAACACAUCUGCUGACGUCACUCCUAUCCACAGGGCCGGCUGGCCUGAGGGCUCCCACAGGGACAACACCGAGAGGACAGAGCUGGAGGUCAUCCGAGUGGCCCGUAGGAGGAAGCCAGGGAGGAGGCAGCGAGGGAAGGGGGCAGUGGAGUCCAUAGGGAGGGGGCAGGAGGAAGCUCCAGAGGGCUGCUGUGCUGGGGAGGGGCCCAUCUCCUCUGCAGGGUCCCGGGAUGAAGGGACGGGCACGAUGAAGGUGCGGGGUGAGGAGGCGGAGGACGAUUCGGAGGGGUUACUCCGCCUCCCCGAGAUGAUGGACACCUCAUCCAUGGAUGGCGUAGGAGAGCUCCUGAGCGAGGUGGUGAACAGCCUGGACAGGGCUGAGCGUGGGUGGGAAGGGGAGGGCGGAGGAGGAGGUCAGGGGACGAAGGGAGCCUCCGGUACUGGGGCAGGGGCAGGUCCCCUGAGCCCUGGGCAGCAGCCCCCUGACCUGUCCUCCCCCCUGUCCCGCCCGACGGCCCUGGACCCUAGCUUCCUGCAGGUCCCUCCAGCCCCAGCAGACUUCUACCGGUUCACCCCCCACAGCCCGAACUCUGCCGUCCCGUGUGGGGAACACCAUGACCCUGCAGCACCAGACCUGUCGGAGGCCCUGCCAGGUUGCCAUGACGAUGAGGAAGAUAGCCCGACCGGACCUGACUCCGUCCCCACCCUAGUGGAGGAGGGACAGGAGGCAUGUCCAGAGGGGGAGGAGGCGUGUCCAGAGGGAGCGGAGAACGGGCUCCUCGCAGACGAGGAGAGCCAGGAAGUUAAGGAAGAGGAGGAGACUGACCCAGCUGAGAGCAGCCAUCCUGCUGAAAUCAGGGUGGACAACAACCACCUGCUGCUGCUCAUGCUGCAUGUGUUCAGGGAGAACGAGGAGCAGCUCUGCAAGAUGGUGAGCAUGAGCACAGGCCACAUGGAGGGAGACCUGCAGGCGCUGUUUGUCCUGCUGACUGACAGCUACAUUUACCUGCUCCGCAAAGGGCCUGCAACAAAGCCCUACACUGUGGAGGACGCUGUCAGCUACAGGGAGCUGGAAUCCAUCUCUGUGGGUCUGGACCAGCAGACGCUCAGGUUGGUGUGUGCUAACAGGGGGAGACAGUUCCUGCUGGACACGGCGGACAUGUCUCUAACUGCCUGGUUUCUGGAUGCUUUGAAGGCGGCCAUGAUGAAAGGGCGCCUGAGUCCCCCCUACCCGUCCGUCCUGACGGACGCUACCAUGGAGAGUCUGUCCUUGACCAAGUUUGUGUGCCAGGAAUCACACUGCGAGGUGUCCGAUGUCUGCAUUCAGACGUAUUCUCUGGUUCACUGGGAGGACCCCAUGGAUGUCACUGCAGGCUCCCCAGGGCCACUGAAUGGGCCCCUGGAUUCCAGCAGCACUAAAGAGGGGCCCCUGUUUUAUCGAGCAGGGACCUCUUACCUGGGCCGGGAGCUCUGGAAGAAGUGCUACCUGGUUCUCAGCAACGGUAUACUGUAUCAGUACCCAGGGAGGACGGAUGUAAAACCCCUUCUGUCCGUUUCUAUGGGAGGGGAGCACUGUGGAGGCUGCCGGCGCACCAGCUCCUCUGAGAGGGGGAACUGUUUCCAGGUCCUCCUGCUGAACCGGCCCCCCCUGGAGCUCAGUGCUCACAGCGAACAGGACAUGGCUGAGUGGAUGCAGGUCCUCUGCCAGUCUGUGACCAAAGGGAUAAUCCCACAGGGCGCUGGCCCCUCCCCCUGUAUCCCAUGCUGCCUUGUGCUGACGGACAGACAGUUGCUAACGUGUCACCAGGACUGCCAGACCAGCUUCUUCCGCUCCCUGGGGACGGCUGCACUGGGUGACAUCACGGCCGUUGCCGUGGAGACCGACAGAGAGUACUGCAUCAUUGAGUUUAGUGGGGACCGUGCUCAGUUCCUGCCUCCCUGGGUGCUGUACUUCAGUGGUUGUGAGGAGAGGGAUCGGCUGCUUGGGGCUCUGCAGAGUGCAUGGAGAGGCCUCUAUCAGUUGGCUCUCCCACAGAAGAGUCUGUUGGACGCUGCGCUGCAGAAGCGCUGCAGGGAGGCGCUGGACCUGAUCCGGAGUGUGUGCUCCGUGGCUCAGCCCAGAGAGAGCCCUGCGGCUGGGGGGAGCCUGAAGAGACACGGGCACGGGAUCCUGCAUUAACAGCACCCGCUGUGUGAGGAGAGUACGCAAAGCAACUCCCUGAGAUUACACCCUGCAUUAACAGCUCCCGCUGUGUGAGGAGAGUACACAAAGCAACUCCCUGAGAUUACACCCUGCAUUCUGAGAGCAUCGUGGCAAUUUGACGUUUGAAGUUGAAGUCACUCUGGGAGGGUGACGGUCCAUUGUGUUGAAGCUGACCCCUUUUACAUGUAAUAAUUAUAAUCCUGCAGUAAACCUCCAUCCCUGAGCGCACACACGCACACUGCGGUCUGGGCUGUGUCUGAAACCGCAUACUAAAUACUACAUUUCAGCCUGAUUAUCAUUGAAAUGUAGUAUGAGUAGUAUGCUAAGUAUGGCUGGAGUCUCUUUUAAGUGCUCAACCCAUGUCGCUGCUGAGGGCACUAAGGAGGGGAAUAAUGGGUUACUAUGACUACGGGGUCUGCGACUACGAAAGCUGCUGGAAUCUGACCUGCGGAAUGCUGGGUUUUUACCUCACUUAAUUUUAGUCAGUAUGGUCAAGAUGACAGUGCAGGGUAAGAUGAAGAACUGGUCUCAGGUCAGUGUGUGGAGUCCGGAAAGAGAAGAGGGAGACUAGCACUAAACCCUGCCAGGUUACCACUCCUAUGGGAGAGACGGUGAACUAAAACUCAGUAUUUAUUGCACAAUGUCAUUUCAUUCGUUUUACAGUUCCAUAGUUUGUCUCCAUUUGAGCACUCCGGAUUUGAUUGGUUUGUGUGUGCGCUUGCAUGUGAAUUAGUGAAUUAACAUUUCAGACACUUUAUUUUGUUUUAUUUUCUAAAUAAUAGGGAGCAAUGAUUACAAUUGCAUGCCAUUACCUUGAGGUAUUUGUGUGUGUGUGUGUGUGUGUGUGUGUGUGUGUGUGUGUGUGUGUGUGUAAGAGAGAGUGUGUGUGUGUGUGUGUGUGUAAGAGAGAGUGUGUGUGUGUGUGCACGUGCGUGUGCAAGUUUGCAUGUUUAGUGUGUGCGUGCAAGCUGUUUAGUAUUACGAAAGUCAGAAUGCACACAGAAUUAAUUGUGGUGUGAAAAUAAUGAUUUUUUGGAGGAGGACGAAAUGAGAUUGGGUGCUGCUAUUGUGGUGGAGGAGACAGGUGCACUGUACAGAGUGGCGUCCCGCAGUAUGUACACAGUGUAAUGCUGUGGCUUUGCGCUUGCCGUUUGGCACAGUCCCAUGUUGUGAAGUUGGGUUGUGACCCUUUGAUUUUUACUAGGAGAAAAUGUUCCUAGGGUAAAACAAAAGUAAAUACUUUGCACUUUACAAAGUCCCUGGAAAGUACUUUUAAUACUCCUUACACAUAAUUUAAUAUAUUUAUAUUUAUCCCCUUUUAAAGUUCUCAGAUUGCUAGCAACUAUUCCUUUCAUGACUAUGAGCAGUUGGUUGUUUAAUAGUUCCAGCCACAUAUGGGCAUAUUCACAUUCCAUUUGCCACUCAUGUCGUUCAUAAACUGUCGUUCACCAAAAGCCAAUAUAACCCAAAAGUUUUAAGAGUGGUUUUCAUUUAAUGGUAUGGGGAAAGAGGCUGCUGAUAUCUGAGGUCGCCAUCAUCACUGCUAUUUAUCCUUCCUGCAGCCCUGCUCUGAAAUUUCAAGAUGUAUGAUCUUUAGAAUAAUAUUUAAAAGUGGUUUACCAAAGAAACAAUGCAGGAGGCGAGCACGAGAGAGUGUAUCCCAAGUAAUGCAGAAAUGUAUUCAUGGCUCUGAACAUCUGGCCAGGGAGUGGUUUUCUGUGCAGGUUUGGGGAUGCUGUGCUCUGUUCAGUGCCUCUGUGUAGACCCUCCACCAGCUCCCCUCCCAGUGCUCUGGCUGGAUCAAACCGCACACCUGCUGAAACAGAACAGCCUAUACUUACCAGCACAUCCUUCUGGUGUCUGCACCUACACUCCCAGUUCACACCUCUGCCUUACUCCAUAUCACUCAUAUGUUUAUUUGGGUAUCUUUCCUUUUUCCUGUUGAAUUUCCUAUGGAGGUCAAAUUUCCAGGUUCCGAUAAGGACGACGGCAAAAUAAUUUAAUGGAAAAAUAGUGUUGAUGCAGUCAAAAUGUAUUGACUCAGAAAGCAGUUUGGCAUUCGGUUAGAGCAUCCGAGUAUUCACUGAGUAUUCAUCGGACAUUGCUGGACAAUCAAGCUUUUAUUUUUCCGGUGACUGAAGAAGCCUAAUGAAAUGAAUGUACAGUAUAGCAUUCAAAUCCAAUCUCAGCCACACCUCAUAACCUGCAUGUUGUUAUUCUGCUUUUAUACUGAUAACAUGAAUAAUGUGUACAUGUGUUAACAUGGUACGGGAUAUAGCACAAUAAAGGCAUAUUGUGUAUUUGCCACUUUGUUAUUA